GGUGGAGUCUGGGUGGAGCCUGACCUGAACACUACCCUGAAGUCAGAGUCAUCCUGAAGAGAGAGAGAGGUUACAUUGCUCGAUAAGAUCUCUCUCUCUCUCUCGCUCUGGAUUCGCCUGACGUUAACGAGGAAAUGCUGAGAUUUCGAAAGGUCCACACUGAGUGGGACAACAUAGACUACGCGUGACGAAGUUAAAUGUUUUGCUUAGAAUUGCUAUGUGGGAAUGGGAAAACCUUUAUCCGAAGAUUGAUGUGUCUAUUCCAUCAUUGAAGAGAGAAGUGGACAUGUCCGGAAAAGUCAAGAAAAAGUAACUCUACAGAGUAGAAGUUUUCUUCAAUGGAAGGAAACAUGAUGUCCUCAGGCGCCACAGUGAUUUCCAGAACCUCCACAGGAAGCUCAAGAAAGUUCUGAUGCUUCCUGAGUUUCCAAGCAAAAGGAAUCCUCAUCUCAGAACCAAGCCCUUGGACCAGCGGAGGCAGGAGCUGGAGAGCUACAUUCAGGAGAUCUUGAUUGAUCAACAUGAAGCCGUCCCCCGAGAGCUUUUGGAUUUCCUGCAGAUCAGACAUUUCCACCUGAUGAACCGAGCAGACAGCACUGACUCUCAGCUGACUCAACAGUGUGUGGUGACGUUCUCUAAAGAUCCCUUUUUUCUGAAUCCAUGCUCAGGUCUUCCAGAUGUGGUGGUGAACGGAGUCCUAGAGGGUAUGUACCCAAAGGACAUCAGAGCCACUAUCAGAGCAGACACCAAGCCGACCGGUGUGAGCCAGACCCUGGAAGGUCCUGCUUCUCUACCUCCCAUCACCACAGAAGAGAGUGGACACCCAGAGAAGGCACACUAGAGCUGCUGUUUAGAUGGAUUUUGCAAAAAAACUACCUGGCCGUUUCUCGUGAAGCUUGGUGGAGGGGUGUUGUACGGGCCAACAGACACAGGAAUGUUUGACUUUCUUUAACACUGCGAUAGGGCAUUUUUUGGACAAGAGUGGACUGUUGGUCUUGGUGGGGGUUUACUCUCUCUCAGUGCCCUUCCAGUUAGAUGUGUGAUGCAAGAAAGACAAAUCAGUAAAAAUAACUACCAUUCAA